ACCUACUAUGCCCAGGGGAUAUAUUAAAUACUGAACAGGGAUUUUCCCUGAAUCUCACAAACAGUGGAUUAAGCCUAGUGCUAUUUUUAUCCUCAUUUUACAAAUGAGAAAACUGAGGUUCAGAGAGGGGAAGUGAUUCGUUCAAUGCCACAUAGCCAGGAUUGUAAUCAUGAUGUGGGAAAUGUACUUUAUACCAGAAAAACAGGACCAGGAGACAGAGACAGGAGCCUGGGGAGGGCCAUGGGAAGGGACAGAAACCCAGAGAGAGAGAGACAGACUCAAAAGAGGGGAAGAGACCCAGAAGGAGGGGGGCCGAGAAAGUCGGAGCUCAGAGGCAGGGCUACAUCACCUCUGCUGGGACACUGCGGUAAAGGUGUCCUCUUCCCACCCCACCAGUCUUACUUCGUGUCUGACUACGACCCCACUAUUGAAGACUCCUACACGAAGAUCUGCAUGGUGGAUGGCGUCCCAGCCCGGCUAGACAUUCUGGACACCGCUGGCCAGGAGGAGUUCGGUGCUAUGCGGGAGCAGUACAUGCGCGCCGGCCAUGGCUUCCUGCUGGUGUUUGCCAUUAACGACCGGCAGAGUUUCAACGAGGUGGGCAAGCUCUUCACGCAGAUCCUCCGAGUCAAGGACCGAGAUGACUUCCCCAUCGUGUUGGUCGGGAACAAGGCAGAUCUGGAGACACAGCGCCAGGUCCCCCGAUCCGAAGCCUCUACCUUCAGCGCCUCCCACCACGUGGCCUACUUCGAGGCCUCAGCCAAACUGCGCCUCAAUGUGGAUGAGGCCUUCGAGCAGCUGGUGCGGGCCGUCCGGAAGUACCAGGAACAAGAGCUCCCGCCCUGCCCUCCCAGCGCCCCCAGGAAGAAGGAGGGGGGUUGCCCCUGCGUCCUCCUGUAGGGAGGGGAGAGGAGCAACCGGCACGAGCUCUCGGGACCAGCUGCCCUCGCCGAGCUUCUUUCCCCAUCUGGGUCUCCCAGGAACACUACACUCCCACCCGUGAUUCCUGGCCUCCUCCAGGGGCCAUCACCACUGUGUGCCUUCUGCCACCGCCUCCUUCCCCCACCCGAGCCCCAGGGUGAGGGCUCCCGGGCAUCCGGGUCACUGCUGUAUAUAACUCCCCUCCCCCAGAGAAAUAAACGUCACUGCCAAGGUCAGGAGGUGCUUUUUAAAAAGGGAAAAGGGCAGGGGAGGCGGGUGAA